AUGGAAGCAGCUGACUACGAAGUGCUAUCCGUGCGAGAGCAGCUAUUCCACGAGAGGGUUCGCGAGUGCAUUGUGAGUGAGAGUGGUAGUGAGGAGACUGACUCCUUUAUUCCCCGCCAGCGCUGUAAGGAGCGGGUGAACGCGCUGGCCAUUGCCGUGAUGAACAUGUGGCCCGGAGUGCGCCUACGGGUGACCGAGGGCUGGGACGAAGAUGGCCACCAUGCUCAGGACUCACUCCACUACGAAGGUCGUGCCUUGGACAUCACCACGUCCGACCGCGACCGCAAUAAGUAUGGGUUGCUGGCGCGGCUGGCAGUGGAAGCCGGCUUCGACUGGGUCUACUACGAGUCCCGCAACCACGUCCACGUGUCGGUCAAAGCCGAUAACUCACUGGCGGUCAGGGCAGGCGGCUGCUUUCCGGGAAAUGCCACCGUGCGCCUGCGAAGCGGAGAGCGGAAGGGCCUGAGGGAACUGCACCGCGGAGACUGGGUGCUGGCUGCAGACGCGGCAGGCCGGGUGGUGCCCACGCCCGUGCUGCUCUUCCUGGACCGGGACUUGCAGCGCCGGGCCUCUUUCGUGGCUGUGGAGACCGAGCGGCCCCCGCGCAAGCUGUUGCUCACGCCCUGGCACCUGGUGUUCGCCGCUCGGGGGCCAGCGCCCGCACCGGGCGACUUUGCGCCGGUGUUCGCGCGCCGGCUGCGGGCGGGGGACUCGGUGCUGGCGCCCGGCGGGGACGCGCUUCGGCCGGCACGCAUAGCCCGCGUGGCGCGCGAGGAAGCAGUUGGCGUGUUCGCGCCGCUCACAGCACACGGCACGCUGCUGGUCAACGACGUCCUGGCCUCGUGCUACGCGGUUCUGGAGAGUCAUCAGUGGGCGCACCGCGCUUUCGCUCCUUUGCGCCUGCUACACGCGCUGGGGGCGCUGCUUCCCGGCGGGGCAGUCCAGCCGACUGGCAUGCACUGGUACUCUCGGUUCCUCUAUCGCUUGGCGGAGGAGCUGCUGGGCUGAGCGCGGCGGACCCAGAAACCCAGAGGCGCCUGCUGAAACCGGGGCGUUCGGGCUGAGAUCUGGGGAUGUGGGCAGCAGAGGAGGCUGACUGCGGGGGGAGGAAGGGAUAGGGGAAAAAAAUGGAGGCGAGACUGGACUGCUUGGUUUAGGGGCAACCUCCAGCUGAGAGGAGAUCCCUGGUCCUAGGUAGACGGGGUUGAUGGUGGGUACUCCCUGACGAGGACUAUUUCACCUCUUCCCGAGUGCCUCGGCCCCACCCGAUUAUUUUAUUUUAUUUUCUAUUUAUAAAUUGUAAUAUAAUGAUCUGCUUGCCCCGCCUGGCAAGGUGAGGGGCCAGGGCACGGCGUUAACACUGUCUGACACAGCCAGCCAAUCUGACGUCUGACAUUUUCCUACAGGUGGGCUAAUAAAGGGAAGGCUUGCAGGAGCUUAUUGGAAAAUAUCUCUAUUCAGAGAGUAAUUCACCUCCAGAGUGGAGAAAGGGAACUCCGAGGCAAUACCUUCCUUCUGACUCCUCCUACCCCACCCCAGCAGGUCUUCCCACCUGCUUCCUCCCCUCAGAGGGUGGGGCCCAAUUGAUCAGCUCCGGAUACCAGGAGACCAGAUGAGUCAUACCCUUUUCUAGACUGUUGGUCCCUUCUCUCACCAUCCUUCUGCCCCGACGGUUCCAUACAGAAUGUUGGAGGGAACAGGGUUGUUGAAGGAGCAAGAGGGUCCAGGAACGUCCUUUCUCAUUCAUAUGGGUUCCAGCAAGGUCUCUGGCCAUUGACUUACUGAUGCCCAGAGAAUUCUGGUCCCUGAUUGUUAGCCUGCAAUCCUGGUCCCUUCCCAAAGGCCGUGAAUCAACCCCAUUCCCAUUCUACCCUAGUGUCAGGGUCUGGAUGGGUCCCGUGUUUUAUUCUGGGAUGCCACUGGACCAACUGAUGACCCUUGGGAAUCCCUGGCUAAUUUAUAACUGAUAGUUCCCACACACUCUUGGUCAGGAGAAAGAACGGGCACAGAGGGCUGGAACCUACCUCUCCUGAAGGGCUGUGGGCAGAGAACAGCUUCAAGCCCUGGUGUAUGUGUUUGGGGGUACAAGGGGAGGCUCUCCAAGCAAGAGCAUAUAGGUAUUACAACCUGAGUCCCCUUCUUUUUUAAUCUUAUUUAUUAUUAGUAGUAGUAGUAAUCUCUACACCCAAAGUUGGGCUGGAACUUGUGACCCUGAGAUCGAGAGUCUCAUGCUCUUCCGACGGAACCAGCCAGGCACCCCCCCCCCCCCAAGUUCCCUUCUUGAUCACCUGUCCUAGUUGUUUCUACUGGCUUCCUUCACCAUCUCCUCUUCCUCCCCCUGUUUUCUCUCUCUCUCGGCUUUCUUCCCUGGCCUGGGUGUUCCUGGAAACUUCAGGUUCCAAUGCAGCAGACAGGCAGGAAUUCAGGUGCCCCUGAGUUAAGAAUGGAAGCUCUGAGGAAGCUGGGCCUCAGUGGAAGGGUAAUGUCUGGGGUCUGGGGGAUGGAGGGGUUUGGUGGUACCACUGAGGAGCCAGCCCUUGCCUGUCUCAGCUGUGCACUCACAGUCCACAGGGUCCCUGCUUUACACCGCCCCCUGGUGGCUUUCAGGAUCAGUUCUCUUCCAGACCACAGGAAAGAGAAUUAUAUACUGCAGGGAUGGGUGGACUGACAUGCGCAGAGGAGCCUUAUCUCAGGAGGUGAAAGAUGGUGUGCAGGGCUUGGUAAGUUGCCAGGGUUGAGCCACAGGUGUCAAGGGCUGGUGAGGAGUCCACACGCCUCACCUUUGGAAAAGUCUUCCAAGCCUGGCAUUUUUGCAUCCCUUGUGCCUGGUUUAGCUCUGUGGCUCCCAGUUGCUGAAGGUAUAGUUGUAGCCAGAUUCUGUGAAGAUCCAAGUAGCCAGCUCAUCUCCCUCACCUUGUGACACUUGAGUUCAAUGUCUGGAGGUCAAAGCAUACUUAGGGUUCCAGGUAGUGCUUGAGAAAGGCAACAUUUGGAAGCAGAAUACGUUUACUUUUAAUGUCCUUCCACUCAGUAUUUCCUUCAAUCCAUACCAGGUACCCGUUGCCACCUUCCCCUCCCUUUUCCUAAUCUCAGAAACAUAAUCCAAGCUGUGGAUCUUUCCCCAGAGCAUGGCCUCGAAGUCAGGCAGACCUGCAGGUAAUGAUACCACCCCGAGAGGAUUGUUGACAAGAUGAGUGUAUGUGCCAAUGUGGAAUAGGCACUCAGUCCAUGUUUUCCAUGAUCUGCUCCAUUUCUCACUGCCUUUGCUGCUUUCUAUUCUCUGUCUACUUCUCUACUCACCACUCCACCAGAAGCAGGAUUUAUCCAUGAUUCCCAAAUAUUUUGGGGGUCGUGUUGCCCCUAUAAUGGUUUCAUUUCAUAACAUUCUUUCAGAAGGUGCUGUGUGAAAGAUUUGGGUUUGCUUUAAAACUAAAGUAUAAUUGGCUCGGUCAGUUAAGCGCCCAGCUUUGGCUCAGGUCAUGAUCUCUCAGUCUGUGAGUUGGAGCCUCACAUCGGGCUCUGUGCUGACAGCUCAGAGCCUGGAGCCUGCUUUGGAGUCUGUGUCUCCCUCUCUCUCUCUGCCCCUCCCCUGCUCACACUCUGUCUGUCUCUGUCUCUCUCAAAAAUAAAUAAACAUUUUUAAGAAAUUUAAAAAAAAACUAAAGUAUAAUUAAAAGUAAUCUUGUUUUGAGAAUUUACAGAGCAUUUUGUAACCUUGGCAAGACCUCUCUGCGUACUGGGAAACCAGAGUUGAGAACCACUGUUUCAAGGUUCAGAUGACCUUUAUAAGCCCUCAAAUCCAGACAUUUCACCCCCCCCCCUUUCUUCAAGCAGGAGUUACUUAACAUCUACAGUGUAGUGCUGUAUUACGCAUGAAAAACACACAAAAUAUUAAGAAACAGCUUCCUCCAUGGAGGAGUACACUUAAAGGUAUAAGAUGGUUAACUACCAAAUCAACAUUGUUACUUAAUCAGGAUGAAUUGAAUGGGUGGGAAAUGUCAUCAAAGUACAGGGAAGACCUUGUGAAGACAGCGAGGCCUGGAUAGAACGUUAAAGCGUGUAGGUGGUAGAGACCAGAAAGGGCAUUCCAGGCAGAAGUAACAACAUGAGCAGCGACUCGGAAUCUGGAAGGAAGAUGUGCAAGCUGGCUACAUGUAGUUCCAGUUGGGGAGUGGAACUACGGGUAGCAAAUGUUUCUUGAGAACUUACCAUGCAUCAGGCCCUGUUCUAGCCCUUUAUAUGCAUUCUCAUUCCAUCCUUAAGAUAACCCUGUGGGGUUAUAUCACAGAUGAGGACACCGAGGCAAAGAGAGGUUUAAGUCACUUGCUCAAGUUACCACAGCUGGUAAGUAGUAGAACGGGAGCAGGAAUAACAAGAAAUAAGGUUGCCUUGAUGGAUGGGGCCACCUCCUAUAGGCUCUUAAGUUGUUGACUCUUGGGGCGCCUGGGUGGCUCAGUUGGUUAAGCGUCAGACUUCAGCUCAGGUCAUGACCUCUCGGUCCAUGAGUUCGAGCCCAGCAUCGGGCUCUGGGCUGAUGGCUCUGAUGGCUCUGAUGGCUCGGAGCCUGGAGCCUGCUUCUGAUUCUGGGUCUUCCUCUCUCUCUGCCCCUCCCCCGUUCAUGCUCUGUCUCUCCCUGUCUCAAAAAUAAAUAAACGUUA